AUGGAGCUUCUAACACAUACGUCUUCUCUCCUCUUGUCUCGCUCUUCUCUUCGCCGUUCUUCUCGUCUUCACUUGUUCUGCCAUGGUGGACGCUGUUGUCGUCCCGGCAUGCGACUCCUUUUGUCCAAUGAAGUGUUGUCGUCGCUUGCUGCGUUUCAAAAGACUUUAAUGGUAUCCGCCUCGAUCGGAUCGGUGAUCGUCCAGUUCCGCUACUUCAUCUCGAGAUGGGACAAGGAUCUCGAGUCUGGAGGAAUCGGGCAACAAGUGAUUUUGACCAUGAUCGCAAAAAAGAAGGACAUUCACAAUGGGAUUGAACGCCUUCGUCGCAAUAAUAUCAAAGACCGCAUCAACGAAUUAGGGCUUUUGCUGCCUAAAGAAGCCUCCAAAGAGAUGAAGCUGAACAAAGGGACGAUUCUCAAAGCAUCUUGUGACUACAUUCGACAAUUGGAAAAGGGUCAAUAUCAACAACAGAACAAAUUGGAAAAAGCGCUGCGAAACAGUACGCCGAUCGAGUCAGGGAACUCGAGGAGAUCUUGGCAAAGAAUGGCCUCAGGGCGCCCACCAAAACAGGAGAUCCAAGAGAGUCCAAAUCAAACCCCAUGCGGAUCACUUGAAAGCGAUUGCUCAACUCUUCUCUUGACUCCCCUCGAGAACACACGCAAUCAAUCGGCUCCCGAUUGGUCCUCAUCGGGUUUUAUGUCACAACUCUCUGACACGACGUCUGCGAUGGCGAUUGCCUCCCCGCUAGGACGGAUUUACCAUGGGUCCGACCAAUUCUUUGGCUCAAGUCCACAAGGUUAUCAGACGCCACAAUGGAGAGACCGCCCAGACAGCCAAGGGAUCCACCACGGGCCAUUCCCCGAUUUGAUCACGGAGUGGUGUCUUGAGAACAAUUCACUCCUCCACUCGGACCCGUUGAUGUCACAAGCCGGCGGCCCAACGCCAAACCUUGCCGCCAGCCAGAUUAGGCAUCAUAUCUCGUGGGAUCCAUCGAGUUUUAGUCCCGACCCGAACAUUGCGCCGAUACGCGGCACUCACAAUAUGGACUAUUCCACUUGCCAUUUAAAUAUCCAA